AUGCGAUCCCUCUUUUUCUCUUUCCUUUUACUUUUUUUCUCCUUUCUCAUUCCUCUGUCUCUCAAUCUUUCUUUCCCUAUUUCCUCCUUCUUUUUCUUAAUGCGAUCCACUCUUUUUCUCUUUCUCUUUUUCUCUCUUUUUCUCACUUUUCAUUCCUCUGUCUCUCCCCCACAUCUUUCUUUCCCUUUUCCUCCAUCUUUUCUAAAUCGAUCCUCUUUUCUCUUUCUCUUUUACUCUCUUUUUCUCACUUUCUCAUUCCUCUGUCUCUCACCCACAUCUUUCUUUCCCUAUUUCCUCCUUCUUUCUCUAAAUGCGAUCCACUCUUUUUCUCUUUCUCUUUUACUCUCUUUUUCUCACUUUUUCAUUCCUCUGUCUCCCACCCACAUCUUUCUUUCCCUAUUUCCUCCAUCUUUCUCUAAAUGCGAUCCUUUUUCUUUUCUCUUUUCUCUUUUUUACUCUCUUUUCUCACUUUCUCAUUCCUCUGUCUCUCCCACAUCUUUUUCUUUUCCCUAUUUCUCAAUCUUUUUUUCUCUAAAUGCGAUCCACUCUUUUUUUUUCUCUUUACUCUCUUUUUUUACUUUCUCAUUCUUUUCUCAUCUUUCUUUCCCUUUCCUCAUUCCUCUGUCUCUUUUCACCCACUUUCUUUUUUUUCCUUUCUCAUUUUCUCUCCAUCUUUCUCUAAAUGCGAUCCCUCUUUUCUCUUUCUCUUUUACUCUCUUUUCUCACUUUCUCAUUCCUCUGUCUCUCACCCACAUCUUUCUUUCCCUAUUUCCUCAAUCUUUCUCUAAAUGCGAUCCCUCUUUUCUCUUUCUCUUUUACUCUCUUUUCUCACUUUCUCAUUCCUCUGUCUCUCACCCACAUCUUUCUUUCCAUAUUUCCUCCAUCUUUCUCUAA